AUGAAGAACGCAAUCUCGGAGAAAUACCCUGUUAAAUCUGAACUCUAUUUAUCAAACGAAGCCAAAGAAGAUUGGGAACGUAUAGUAGGAGGUACUAAAGCACCCAAUGGGUCUGCACCGUACCAAGUUUCCUUAAGAAUUUGGGGUGUAAGACAUUUCUGUGGAGCGUCACUGAUCACGCCUAGAGUGAUUCUGACUGCAGCACAUUGUACUGACAGAUUAAGACCCCAAUAUUUCAAGGCAGUCGUUGGCACCAACCAACUACGCACAGGCGGCUCUACAUACGCAAUUCGAAAGAUCGUUCAACAUGAAGAAUACGAUUCCGACAUCAUCAAAAACGAUAUAGCCAUUAUAUUCACGGAGGAAGAAGUACAAUUUGGAGAAGAUGUUGAUGCUAUUGAAUUAAAUGAUGAACCGGUAGAGAAAGGAGAGGAAUUGCUUCUAACUGGAUGGGGUACCACUUCUUAUCCAGGACACCUACCAAAUGACCUGAUGCAGCUAGAACUGAAGGCGAUCAGUUUCGAAGAUUGUAAGGAAGCUCACAAAAGCGUCAACGCGGUGUUUGAGUCACAGAUCUGUGCUUUGACAAAAGCUGGGGAAGGAGCUUGCCAUGGUGACUCCGGAGGUCCGCUGGUGAGAGAAGGACGCCAGGUUGGUGUCGUCUCCUGGGGCGUGCCGUGUGCCAGAGGACUACCAGAUGUGUACACUAAGGUGGAAGCCUAUAUGGGUUGGAUAGAGAAGACGUUGCUUGAAGAUGAUGAAGAUCAUGUUCAUUUUAUUCACCAUAAGAGAAAAACCAAUAAACAUGGA